UGGUUGUCCAGCCGGGCCACGCGCGGACGGGUGCGCGCAGACACCGCCCGUUGGAGCGCUGGGCUCGCGCGGUACUAACAGGCGUGGGAGGGCACCUAUUAUCGCUGCCUUCAGAGACUCGUGAGCUAGAGAAAGAGGCGGCGGCUGCGCGCGGGAGGCCCAGCGUGCGGGACCGGCUGCGGAUCUGACAGCUUCCGGGAGGGCUACGACCCGAGGGCCCACGCCGGAAGUCUGCUGCCAGAAGCCCCAGGCACCGGAAGUGGCGUGCGCGCCUGCGCAGAGUGCGCUGGCUGGGAGCUGGUGCGGCUUCCCAAGCCCCCGGGGCGGUGGUCCUGCUGCCCGGACAGGCGGGGAGGAAUGGAGCGGGUGGACGGCGGCGGCGGCGCCGAUCGCGGCGCCUCAGCAGACCCACGGAGCGCCUUCGUGCUGAGUAACCUGGCGGAAGUGGUGGAGCGAGUGCUCACCUUCCUGCCUGCCAAGGCGCUGCUGCGGGUGGCCGGCGUGAGCCGCCUGUGGAGGGAGAGCGCGCGCAGGGUGCUGCGGGCCCAGCGCGGGGUGGCCUGGAUCGCGGCGGGCCCGGCGGACAGCGGCCACCCGCAGGAGCACUGCCUGGUCCGCGUGGCAGCCCGGGAGCUCGAGAAUGUUCACAUCUUACCACAGACGGUUCUUUACAUGGCUGAUUCUGACACCUUCAUUAGCCUGGAAGAGUGUCGAGGCCACAAGAGAGCGAGGAAGAGAACGACCAUGGACACGGCGCUGGCCCUGGAGCGGCUGUUCCCGGAGCAGUGCCACAUCCUGGGGAUCGUGACCCCGGGGAUUAUAGUGACACCAAUGGGAUCAGGUAGCAGUCGGCCUCAGGAAAUAGAAAUUGGAGAAUCUGGCUUUGCUCUCCUCUUCCCUCAGAUUGAAGGAAUAAAAAUACAGCCCUUUCAUUUCAUUAAGGAUCCAAAGAACUUAACACUAGAAAGACAUCGCCUCACCGAAGCAGGCCUCCUAGACAACCCCGAGCUCCGAGUGGUCCUGGUGUUCGGCUACAACUGCUGCCGGGUGGGGGCCAGCGACUACCUGCAGCGAGUCAUCGGCACUUUCAGCGACAUGAACGUCAUCGUGGCUGGCGGCCAGGUGGACAACCUGGCCUCGCUGACCUCCGAAAAGCACCCUCUCGACAUCGACGCCACCGGGGUGGUCGGGCUGUCGUUCAGCGGCCCGCGGAUCCAGAGCGCCACUGUGCUCCUCAACGAGGACGUCAGCGACGAGAAGACGGCCGAGGCGGCCAUGCAGCGCCUCAAAGCGGCCGGCAUCCCCGAGCGCAACACCGUGGGCUUCAUGUUCGCCUGCGUGGGCAGGGGCUUCCAGUACUACAGAGCCAAGGGGAACGUGGAGGCUGACGCGUUCAGGAAGUUCUUCCCGGGGGUUCCUUUGUUUGGCUUCUUUGGAAACGGAGAAAUUGGAUGCGAUCGCAUCGUCACUGGGAACUUUGUCUUGAAGAAGUGUAACGAGGUAAAGGACGAUGACUUGUUUCACAGCUACACAACAGUAAUGGCGCUGAUUCACCUCGGGUCGCCGAAGUAAAGCUGCCCGGGGAAGGGGCUUUCACAGCACAGGACUCUGGGGUUCUGCCUUUCCAGGAAGCGCGGAGACUUGGGAUGUAUGUAUUUCAAACAAAAAUAGCUUUACACGUAUUUGUUUUGUAGCUUUGAUGCUCUAAAGAUUUCUUUGGGGUAGUUUUAAUAUAAUAGAAGGACAACCACGUGUGUGACUUCAUACAGAACGAGGGCUGGGAGCUUUCGCAGGAGGCGCGAGCAAACCGAUCAUGGCUGUCGCACCAGGUUCCGCAGCUGCUGUGCGUGUGAUUUUAACCCGCCUCCCGCAGAGGAGGGCGGACGGAGGGUUCGUAGAAGGAUGGCGACUGCAGGCAUUCCGUGACUACCUCAGCAUUGUUAGGUGAUCUUUUAGCAGAAUCAUGAAGACACUUUCCUCCCUUAAUAAAGGAGGAAAAUAUUCAGAUGGCUCGAGAAAUCUUUCUCCGCUUUACAAUGUUACCAAUUUUUUCACAAGCUGUAAUGAAAUUAUUACUGACUUUUUACUUAUUUGAUAAAUAUUGAAGACCUAUUUUUGUUUUGGUUCUCUACAGUUGCUUAGUGAAAUAAAUGGCCAAGACUAAUAA